AUGUCUGCGUCUCUACUGCUCUGGGAGGAGGAAGAGAAGGAGGAAGAGGAGGAGGAGGAGGGGGAGGAAGAGGAGAAAGGCGCAGGGGUGGGAGCUGUUGCCGAAGCUGCCACAGCAAAAGUUCUCCCCCCUCCCCCCUUCCCCUCCUCUCAAGGCCCCUAGAAAGGUUGGGGCUGCCGCCGCCUGCAGUCUGUGACCGCGCGACUCGGCGCCCGCUCGCGGAUAGAGAAAGGAAUCAGCACCUUGGAAAUUCAGCCAAGUGAUCUGCCAGGAUGGGCAUUUGCCAGACAUAUUUUAUAGAGGAAUUGGAUGGUGUAAGUGAUUAAGGUAUUAAAGGUUUCUGAAGCUUAUGAGCAGUAGAAACUCAACCAUGAUUUCUUUUUCAACUCUCCAGCAUUCCUUUCCUUGAAGUCUUCAUUUUACCUUGGUCUCAGGCAGUUAUACUUAAGCAUGAACAUUGACGACAAACUGGAAGGAUUGUUUCUUAAAUGUGGCGGCAUAGACGAAAUGCAGUCUUCCAGGGCAAUGGUUGUAAUGGGUGGAGUGUCUGGCCAGUCUACUGUGUCUGGAGAGCUGCAGGACUCAGUACUUCAGGAUCGAAGUAUGCCUCACCAGGAGAUCCUCGCUGCAGAUGAAGUGCUACAAGAAAGUGAAAUGAGGCAACAGGAUAUGAUAUCACAUGAUGAACUCAUGGUCCAUGAGGAAACAGUGAAAAAUGAUGAAGAGCAGAUGGAAACACAUGAAAGACUUCCUCAAGGACUACAGUAUGCACUUAACGUUCCUAUAAGUGUAAAGCAAGAAAUUACUUUUACUGAUGUAUCUGAGCAACUGAUGAGAGACAAAAAACAGAUCAGAGAGCCCGUAGACUUACAGAAAAAGAAGAAACGGAAACAACGUUCUCCUGCAAAAAUCCUUACAAUAAAUGAGGAUGGAUCACUUGGUUUGAAAACCCCUAAAUCUCACGUUUGUGAGCACUGCAAUGCUGCCUUUAGAACGAACUAUCACUUACAGAGACAUGUCUUCAUUCAUACAGGCGAAAAACCAUUUCAAUGUAGUCAAUGUGACAUGCGUUUCAUACAGAAGUACCUGCUGCAGAGACAUGAGAAGAUUCAUACUGGUGAAAAACCAUUUCGCUGUGAUGAAUGUGGUAUGAGAUUCAUACAGAAAUAUCAUAUGGAAAGGCAUAAGAGAACUCAUAGUGGAGAAAAACCUUACCAGUGUGAAUACUGUUUACAGUAUUUUUCCAGAACAGAUCGGGUAUUGAAACAUAAACGUAUGUGCCAUGAAAAUCAUGACAAAAAACUAAACAGAUGUGCCAUCAAAGGUGGCCUUCUGACAUCUGAGGAAGAUUCUGGCUUUUCUACAUCACCAAAAGAUAACUCACUGCCAAAAAAGAAAAGGCAGAAAACAGAGAAGAAAUCAUCAGGAAUGGACAAAGAGAGUGCUUUGGACAAAUCUGACCUGAAGAAAGACAAAAAUGAUUACUUGCCCCUUUAUUCUUCAAGUACUAAAGUAAAAGAUGAGUAUAUGGUAGCAGAAUAUGCUGUUGAAAUGCCACAUUCUUCAGUUGGGGGAUCUCAUUUAGAAGAUGCAUCAGGAGAAAUACACCCACCUAAAUUGGUUCUCAAAAAAAUUAAUAGUAAGAGAAGUCUGAAACAGCCCUUGGAGCAAAAUCAAACAAUUUCACCUUUAUCCACAUACGAAGAAAGCAAAGUUUCAAAGUAUGCUUUUGAACUUGUGGAUAAACAAGCUUUACUGGACUCAGAAGGCAAUGCUGACAUCGAUCAGGUUGAUAAUUUGCAAGAGGGGCCUAGUAAACCUGUGCAUAGUAGUACUAAUUAUGACGAUGCCAUGCAAUUUUUGAAGAAGAAGCGGUAUCUCCAAGCAGCAAGUAACAACAGCAGGGAAUAUGCACUCAAUGUGGGUACUAUAGCUUCUCAGCCUUCAGUAACACAAGCAGCUGUGGCGAGUGUCAUUGAUGAAAGUACUACAGCAUCCAUAUUAGAUUCACAGGCGCUGAAUGUGGACAUUAAGAAUAAUCAUGACAAAAAUGUUAUUCCAGAUGAGGUACUGCAGACUCUGUUGGAUCAUUAUUCCCAUAAAGCUAAUGGACAGCAUGAGAUAUCAUUCAGUGUUGCGGAUACUGAAGUGACUUCUAGCAUAUCAAUAAAUUCUUCAGAGGUACCUGAGGUCACCCAGUCAGAGAAUGUUGGAUCAAGCUCCCAAGCAUCCUCAUCAGAUAAAGCCAACAUGUUGCAGGAAUAUUCAAAAUUUUUGCAGCAGGCUUUGGACAGAACUAGCCAAAAUGAUGCCUAUUUGAGUAGCCCGAGCCUUAACUUUGUGACUGAUAACCAGACUCUUCCAAGUCAGCCAGCAUUCUCUUCCAUAGACAAGCAAGUCUAUGCCACCAUGCCCAUCAAUAGCUUUCGAUCAGGAAUGAAUUCUCCACUAAGAACAACUCCAGAUAAGUCCCACUUUGGACUAAUAGUUGGUGAUUCACAGCACUCAUUUCCCUUUUCAGGUGAUGAGACAAACCAUGCUUCUGCCACAUCAACACAGGACUUUUUGGAUCAAGUGACUUCUCAGAAGAAAGCUGAGGCCCAGCCUGUCCACCAAGCUUACCAAAUGAGCUCCUUUGAACAGCCCUUCCGUGCUCCAUAUCAUGGAUCAAGAGCUGGAAUAGCUACUCAAUUUAGCACUGCCAAUGGACAGGUGAACCUUCGGGGACCAGGGACAAGUGCUGAAUUUUCAGAAUUUCCCUUGGUGAAUGUAAAUGAUAAUAGAGCUGGGAUGACAUCUUCACCUGAUGCCACAACUGGCCAGACUUUUGGCUAAAAAAAAUGUGUAAAUAAUACUGGCACUUUAGAACAGAUUAAUCAAGAGUGGGGUUACUCUUUGUAAAAUGGAGUGCUGUACAGAUUUAAGAGCAAUGCGUAAUAACAAGUUAAGCUGAUAUGAAUAGCAAGAUAAUCCAAUAACUGCAUUUUGUUUGGUUAGUCAGCAUUCUUUGAACUGCCUUACAUGUUGUCACCUUUGUAGAAGCAAUGCAUUACUUGUUUUAGAUCAGAAACUUGCUAUUCCACCUACACCAAGUUAAAAAAAAAAAAGACUUUCGCACAAUUGUUUCCUAACUGAUAACAUUGUACAUUCUUAGGAGGUUAGUAAUUGUGUGAAUUUACUCAUACUGUUUCUAAGUUUUUCAGCAUAGUCAUUGCACUUCAGCAGGGAAUCUGAAUAUACUUUACAGAGUGAAUUUAAAAAAAUUAAAUGUCAAGAGAUUAUGGCUUAAAUAAAUUAGUGUGUCCUACAGGGGGAAAAAAGAAACCAAGAAACCACCUUUUAAAAAGAAUGAUAUGCCAUAUACCCUUGAUUUUCAUUUUGCAUUAUAUUGACAUGUGUUUUUUGAAGAAAAAAGUAAUAAAAAUCUGAUAGUCUAAGACUCCACUAUUUAAAAGCCUAAUUACUUUUAAAAUAUGCAUACUUUCAAAACUUUUACCAAAAUACACAACUGUUGAAGCAUUCACUUCUCUAUGGAAGUAUGCGUAUUGGUGUCAGUUUCUUUGUACAGUUGUAUCUAGAUAUUUUUUAUGAUUUUUCAUGUGCAGGUAUCAAGGUUUUGAAGUUUUAGUAAAAAAAAAAAUACUCUGUAGAUUACAUUCCCAAGAACAUAAUGCUUACACAAAAUGUAUAUUCCAUGUUUUAAAGCUUAAUUGUAUUUUACUUUACAUAUCCACUUCAGUUAACAUAGAGCACUUAGAAUCUAUUUGGUAUUUUUGAUUUCUCAGAGUAAAACUUAGAUUUUUAGGUUUGAUAUGGUUGUGUCAUAAUCAUCUCAUUGACAGUUUUAAUUUUUGGCAAUAAAAGGAAAUUGGGGUAUCUUUGGAACUGUAAAACCUGGUUUAAUCCUUCUCUCUCUAGAUUAUUGAUAGAUUGGAUAAUUAAACAGUAUCCAGAGAAACUAAAGAAAUGGGCAUUUUAAUUGCUUAUUUUAUCUUGAGUUACUUUUCAAUGAACACUGCUCAUUACAAUUUUACAAACCAAAAGUGUUUACUAAUUCCAGUAACUACAAUUUCUUUUUCAGCUAGAUGAGUGAUCGGAAAUUUUUUGUUGCAUUUCAAAAUCUAAAUAAACUACCGACUUUAUCCUUA